UGAAAUGUCGACUGAAAACAGAUCCUGCUUGUUGUGACAGACGGAGGACAAUUCAGAGCUCACGGAUUAACCCAAGCUUUGUUUUAUCUUUGUGAUGGAAAAUGAGGCUGAUGUGUUUUAUCGGCAGCUGCCAAAAGUGGAGCUACAUGCUCAUCUCAACGGCUCCGUCAGCGUCCAAACCAUCGAGAAACUCAUCAGCAGGAAACCACAUCUCAAUAUUGAACACGGAAUGACUGCUAUCGGCAAAGGCCAGCGGAGGACUCUGGAUGAGUGUUUUCAGGUCUUUAAAGUCAUCCAUCAGCUGGUGGACACAGAGGAGGACAUCCUGAUGGUGGCCACUGAUGUUAUAAAGGAGUUUGCAGCUGAUGGUGUCAAAUAUUUAGAGCUGAGGAGUACACCAAGGGAGGAGAAGAACACAGGAUUGACAAAAAAGAGAUAUGUUGAAACUGUCAUCAAAGCCAUCCAGCAGUGUAAAAAAGAGGAUGUGGAUAUUGAUGUCAGGUUUCUGGUGGCGAUUGACCGCAGGAAUGGGACUGAAGUUGCCAUGGAGACGGUUAAACUUGCUGAGGACUUCAUGCUGUCCUCUAACGGUUUGGUGGUGGGACUAGACCUCAGUGGAGAUCCAACGGUUGGCCAUGGCAGAGACCUACUUCCUGCUCUGCAGAGGGCUAAGAACUGUGGACUGAAGUUGUCACUGCAUCUCUCAGAAGUACCAUCACAGCUGGAGGAGUCAGACUUGCUGUUGAAUCUUCCUCCAGAUAGAAUUGGUCACGGCACCUUCUUGCAUCCUGAAAUGGGUGGAUCUCAAAGUCUUGUUGACAAAGUGGUGAAGAACAACAUACCGCUAGAGCUUUGCCUGACAUCAAAUGUGAAAGGACAAACUGUGCCGUGUUACUCUGCACAUCAUUUCAAGUACUGGUACCAGAUGGGACAUCCAAGUGUGAUUUGUACUGAUGAUAAGGGUGUCUUCAGUACAGACUUGUCUCAGGAAUAUCAGCUGGCAGCCUCAACGUUUGGUCUCAGUCAUGAAGCCGUAUGGAAACUGUCCCAGCAGGCUAUAGACUGUAUCUUUGCACCUGACACUGUAAAACAGCAGCUCAAACAGAAGUGGACUGAUGUACAGCCUCAGGUGUUCUUGUGACCUGUUCAGUGGAACCUACAGCCGAUCAUAUACCUCAAUUUUCAGUUUGGAAACUUUUCCAUUAACUUUUUAACAAGUCUUUGUAGAACUCAUGACA